AGUGCUGUUCAGACAAUUUUGUUUGAGCAUACUGCGUUGUAAUCGCAUUUGAUAUAAUAUGUCGCAAAGUCCAAAUUCGAUGUGCAGUAUUGGUUUUCAGUUUGUUACACAAAAAUGCAUACUUUCCCAUUCCCAUAGAAAACCUAGUCGACUAACCGCGCAUUAAUCCCGGUUAUUUGGAUGAUUUAUAAAGUUCAUGUCAAUAUUAUUCCUUCGUGCAUUAGCGUGGCCCGUAGCGUGAGGGCCAGUGGCGCAUCCUCGUCGGUCGCAGUCACCAUUCGGUCGCCGAACACCAAAUGCCUCCGGACGUAGUGGCGACAGACAGCCUAAUUAUGCCAUGGCCGGCAUCGAAUUGAUUAUAUCGUCGAUAUGUAAUGCAACCUAUUGCGAAGUACCGUACAAUGAUAACUUUACAGGAGCAGAAACGGUGUCCGUCAAGGAAGUUAAUUACCAAGCUUUGGCAAAAGAAAUCAAUGGAAAAAAUAUUAAAGUUACUACAUAUAACAAUACUCCCUUAAGCUGGAUAGAAAAUCACAAUGGAACUCUUGUUGGGAAAGGCGUGGCGUUUAUUGUUAUGGAGAUAUUACGGAAAAGGUUUAACUUUACAUACGAUGUUGUUGAGCCGAGAAAAAACUUCGAAUUGGGAGGAAGAGUUCCCGACGAUUCUGUUAUUGGCCUCGUGAAUAGCACCAAAGUGGAUAUGGCCGCGGCAUUUCUCCCAACAUUGAGACCGUAUCAAGAACAAGUAUCGUUCUCCAUCAUACUUGACGAGGGCACAUGGGUGAUGAUGCUGAAAAGACCAAAAGAAUCUGCUGCCGGCUCUGGAUUGCUUGCACCAUUUAACGAGCUCGUUUGGUACCUAGUCCUGGCAGCGGUAGUAACAUUUGGGCCAUGCAUAACGUUCUUUACUCGCGUAAGAACUAAACUCAUUGAAGAUAAUGAAGGUGUUCUCCCGCUAAACCCCAGCUUUUGGUUCGUAUAUAGCGCUUUCUUGAAACAGGGCACCAACUUGUCACCGGAAGCAAACACGACUCGCGUACUAUUCGUUACUUGGUGGUUGUUUAUGAUCCUGCUCUCGGCGUUCUACACGGCAAACUUGACAGCUUUCUUAACACUGUCCAAGUUUACUCUGGCUAUAGAGGAUCCAAAGGACUUGUACGACAAGAAUUAUAGAUGGGUCACAUCGGCAGGCAGCUCUGUGGAACAUGUUGUGAAAAAUGAAGGUGACGAACUAUACUACCUAAAUUCAAUGAUCAGUAACAAUCACGCGAGGUUCCUAUCGGUGAGAAACGACAAGGACUUCUUGGACUACGUCAAGAAAGGCGCGGUACUUGUAAAGGAACAGACUGUGGUGGAUCACCUCAUGUUCUUUGAUUACAACUCCAAGAAAGAUGUAGAAGAGUCUGACAAGUGCACUUAUGUCCUGGCUCCUAAAGCAUUCAUGAAGAAACAGCGGGCUUUCGCAUUCCCGAUUGGAAGCAAUUUGAAAAAUUUGUUCGAUCCUGUACUCACGAAAAUAUUCCAAGCCGGUAUACUGGAGUAUCUCAAACGAAGCGACUUGCCAAGUACUAAGAUAUGCCCUCUCGAUUUGAGGUCUAAGGACCGCAAGCUCAGGAACAGUGAUCUCAUCAUGACGUACGUGGUGAUGGCUGCGGGAUCAGGAAUUGCUAUGGCUGUAUUUGCGGGCGAGGUAUUCCUAAAACGAUACGUUAAAAUCAAAAUGAAUAAAGGCGGCAAAACGAAAAAGAAGAAAGUCAAACUGUCAAACAAAAAGUCUAGAAUCUAUGAUGACAGUCGGCCUCCACCGUACGAUUCGCUUUUCAGCAGAAACCCAAAGUUUAACGUCGAAAAUACGCGCACUAAAAUGAUAAAUGGCAGAGAAUACUAUAUAUUUGAGACUGGAAAUGGUGACAAGAAACUCAUACCGGUGAGGGCUCCGUCCUCCUUUCUGUAUCGAUCCGAUAAAUAAAUAUGAUACGAAAAUUCAAAUAAUGGCGGAACAAUACCUAUGGCUGAUCGAACAACGAGGAAAAAGUAACGUUUCAAAAUUCGAACACAUGGAAAAUAGUAAGAUACUUAAUUAUUUUAAAGUAAUUAAUUUUUAAUAGUAAG